AUGUGGAAAAUACUUUCAGCAUAUGGACUACCAGACAAAAUAGUAGCACUUGUCAAAGCGUUCUACAACAACUAUGAAUGCUGUGUUAUCCACAACGGGAAACAAUCUGAUUGGUUUAAUGUACACACUGGAGUGAGGCAAGGCUGUAUUAUAUCUCUUCUUCUCUUUAUCACGGCUAUAGAUUGGUGCAUGAGAUCUACCCUCGGAAAUGAAAAUACUGGAAUAAGAUGGACAUUGGAAUCAUUUCUCGAAGACCUGGAUUUUGCCGAUGAUGUAUGUCUUAUCUCUAGCAACAAACAACAAAUGCAAAGAAAGACAGCACGACUAGAAACAACUGCACAGUAUAUUGGUUUGGACACAAAUGCAACGAAGACAAAAGUAUUGGCGAUAAACAAUACCUGUAAUACACCCAUAAGAAUCCAGGAUCAUGACAUCGAAGAAAUAGACAACUUUACAUACUUAGGAGCCAUCAUAAGUAAAGACAAUGGAACAUCAAAAGACAUAACAUCGAGAAUUAGCAAGGCAAGAUCAGCUUUUUGUCAGUUAAGACCUUUAUGGAGAUCUGGAAAAGUUUCCCUUAAAACUAAAGUAAAGAUCUAUAGCAGUAAUAUCAAGUCCAUAUUACUUUAUGGAGCAGAGUGCUGGAAACUCGUUCAGAGCGACCCUAAGAAGCUGUCAUCCUUCCAUAACACCUGCCUUAGGAGAAUCUGCAAAAUCUAUUGGCCGAAAAAGAUCUCUAAUAAAGACCUAUGGAGUAAGACAUCUCAAAAGAGCAUCCAAUUAGAAAUUAAACAACGCAGAUGGAGGUGGCUAGGGCACGCCAUGAGAAUGAACAAAGCAUGCCCAGCAAAUGUCGCUCUCAGAUGGACUCCUAAAAGGAAAAGAAAGAGGGGAAGACCAAAAGAAACCUGGCGAAGAAUGAUAGAUGGAGAGUUGAAAGAGAUGGGACUAACCUGGAAAGAAGCAGAAAAGAAGGCAAGGGACAGACAAGUGUGGCGGGAGCUGAUUUCAGCCUUAUGUGCAGACAUGCACGAAGAGGAUUAA